AUGUUUAUUUUCUUUACUCUCUUUACAUUCUUUACUACGUUUAUUUUUCUAUCUAUCUAUCUAUCUUUCUUUCUUUUCUAUCUAUCUAUCUAUCUUUUCUUUCUUGAUUUAUUUCUUUUCUAUCUAUCUAUCUAUCUAUCUAUCUAUCUAUCUAUCUAUCUAUCUAUCUAUCUAUGUUUAUUUUUACUGUUUACUUUCUUUUCUAUCUAUCUAUCUAUCUAUCUAUCUAUCUAUCUAUCUAUCUAUCUAUGUUUUUCUGCAUUCAUUGAUUGCUCUGUCAUAAUCAUAAAGAUUGGCGUGAUCAUCGGUGCCCGACUGCGCAUGCUCAGAGCAUUCCAACUGAGCACUCUCUCUCUCUCUCUCUCUCGCUCUCUCUCUCUCUCUCUGAAAAAAAAGGAGUUGUUGUCACUUCAGUUUGGCUGUAACUGGCGUGACGAUUACGGCAAUGUCCAUUUCUUGAAAAUUCUUUUCAGUUUUGUUUUUCCUUCUUACUUUCUUCUUCUUUCUAGCUUACACAUUUUUCUUUUAUCUUUUUUCUUCCAUUUUUUUGGUCUCUGUUUAUUUGUAUUCUUACUUUUUUUCACUGUUCUUUUCUUUUGUGACUUUUGUCGAUCAAAACUAAAAACUUUUUCUUCUGACACGUUUUUCCGUCUUUGUCUCUUUCUUUCUUUUGAUAGUCUUUUUAUUUAUUUUUCUCUAUUCACUGUCCUUCAUGCUUUCUUUCUUUCUCUCAUUCUGAGUGUUCUUUGUUUCUUUCGCUCCUCUUAUUAUUUUUCUCAUUCCUUUUCUACAAGUUCUUUCUUUCUUUCUUUCUUUUUUUCUUUCUUUCUUUCUUUUCAAACUCCUUUUAUUUUUCUUCUCAUUCUUUUCCCACGAACGCCUUUAUUUCUCUUUCUUUCUUUCUUUUUUUUUUCUUUCUUUCUUUCUUUUCAAACUCCUUUUAUUUUUCUUCUCAUUCUUUUCCCACGAGUUUUCUUUCUUACUUUCCUAAUUUUUUUCCUUCUUAGACUCUUUCCUUUAUUCUCGCAUUCAUUUUUAGACGCCUUUAUUUCUCUUUCUUUCUUUCUUUCUUUCUUUCUUUCUUUUUUUCUUUCUUUCUUUCUUUCUUUUCAAACUCCUUUUAUUUUUCUUCUCAUUCUUUUCCCACGAGUUUUCUUUCUUACUUUCCUAAUUUUUUUCCUUCUUAAACUCUUUCCUUUAUUCUCGCAUUCAUUUUUAGACGCCUUUAUUUCUCUUUCUUUCUUUCUUUCUUUCUUUCUUUUCAAACUCCUUUUAUUUUUCUUCUCAUUCUUUUCCCACGAACUCUUUCCUUUAUUCUCGCAUUCAUUUUUAGACGGCUUUAUUUCUCUUUCUUUCUUUCUUUUCUUUCUUUCUUUCUUUCUUUCUUUUCAAACUCCUUUUAUUUUUCUUCUCAUUCUUUUCCCACGAGUUUUCUUUCUUACUUUCCUAAUUUUUUUCCUUCUUAGACUCUUUCCUUUAUUCUCGCAUUCAUUUUUAGACGCCUUUAUUUUCUUUCUUUCUUUCUUUUUUUUUUUUUUCUUUCUUUCUUUCUUUUCAAACUCCUUUUAUUUUUCUUCUCAUUCUUUUCCCCGUGUUUUCUUUCUUACUUUCCUAAUUUUUUUCCUUCUUAGACUCUUUUCCUUUAUUCUCGCAUUCAUUUUAGACGCCUUUAUUUCUCUUUUUUCUUUCUUUCUUUUUUCUUUUCUUUCUUUCUUUCUUUUUCAAACUCCUUUUAUUUUUUCUUCUCAUUCUUUUCCCACGAACGCCUUUAUUUCUCUUUCUUUCUUUCUUUCUUUUUUUCUUUCUUUCUUUCUUUCUUUUCAAACUCCUUUUAUUUUUCUUCUCAUUCUUUUCCCACGUGUUUUCUUUCUUACUUUCCUAAUUUUUUUCCUUCUUAGACUCUUUCCUUUAUUCUCGCAUUCAUUUUUAGACGCCUUUAUUUCUCUUUCUUUCUUUCUUUCUUUCUUUCUUUCUUUCUUUCUUUCUUUCUUUCUUUCUUUCUAUCCAUUCCUCUUUUUUCUUUCUUCCCCUCAUUCUUUUACUGUUCUUCUUACUUUCUAUAUUUCUUUCUUAUUUCGUUCUUUCUUUCUUAUUUCAUUACCCUAUUCUCCAGUCUACUUUUUAAUACACUUUUUCCUUUUAUGCCCUCUUUUUCUUUCUUUCUUUCUUUCUUUCUUUCUUUCUUUCUUUCUUUCUAUACCUGAUCUUUUUCUAUUAAAUUUCUUCUUUUCUUCUCUCUCUCUCUCUCACAUCGUUCAACGUCAUGUUCGCACGUUUUCUUUUCUCCUCUUUUUCUACCUUCCUCUUCUUUUCCAUCCCUUCUCUUCGCCAACAAUUCACAUCUUUCUCCUUUCAUAUAAAAAUGAACACCUUUGUCACUCUUCCAAAUCUGCUUUCGAUUAG